CCCCCCCCCCCAUAUCAUAUAUUAUCGUACACGUGCGCGAUCACGCACACCUUCCGCGCGCUCAGCUAGGAGAGUCUGUGACUGUCGUGGAGUUCACCUGUCCUGCAGACUGAAGGCUCACCUGUCCUGAAGCCCCCCCGCCGCUGCCCUCCAGCAUGGUUCUGCCCGCUGCCUCCCGCCUCCUGAGGACCGCGCUAAGGUUCCGCGUGGCUCCGGUGGCCAACGUUGCUUCUAAGCCCGCCAAAGAGAAUAUCAGUGGGAGGGACCAGACCAUCGCCAUGACAACCAUGUUCAUCACCAUCCUGGGUCCCUCUGGCUGGAUUCUGGCUCACCUGGAGGACUACAAGAAGAAGGAGUAGACCAAAGCUGACCGAUACUUCAGUUGCUGAAGCAGUUUUUCCAAGUUUGGUCGUUAUAUUUGGUUGUUGUUCCAAUAAAUGCCUGAACAUGAA